AGGCGCAUGGCUUGCCAGGGUUCUCAAGUCCGCAGCACUCUGCGUCCUCAGCAUCCUCCUCCCAGGCCCUCCCCCUCCCACUGUGUGCGGAUGGUAUGCUCCGGUAAGCCUGGCCCGGCUGCAGUGGAUGUUGCUAGAAUCCACGCGAGGAAGGAAGAGACGCAGGCAGGCUGCGGUGACCCAAGCGGCCACCCCUACUUCAGGGACCCCUUCCUUGAGAGACGACACCAUGACCCAGGGAAAGCUCUCUGUGGCUAACAAGGCCCCCGGGACUGAGGGGCAGCAGCAGACAAAUGUCGAGAAGAAGGAGCCUGCAGUGCCCUCGGCGCCGCCCUCCUACGAGGAAGCCACCUCUGGAGAUGGGCUGAAGGCAGGGCCCUUCCCCCCGGCCCCCACGGCUGUACCUCUCCAUCCAAGCUGGGCCUAUGUGGACCCCAGUAGCAGCUCCAGCUACGAAGCCGGAUUCCCCACAGGAAACCAUGAUCUCUACACCACCUUCAGCUGGGAUGACCAGAAAGUUCGCCGGCUCUUCAUCAGAAAGGUCUAUACCAUCCUGUUGGUCCAGUUGCUGGUGACCUUGGCUGUUGUUACUCUCUUUACCUUCUGUGACGUUGUUAAGGACUACAUUCAGGCCAACCCAGGCUGGUACUGGGCAUCCUAUGCCGUGUUCUUUGCAACUUACCUGACUCUGGCUUGCUGCUCUGGACCCAGGAGACACUUCCCUUGGAACCUGAUUCUGCUGGCUAUCUUUACCCUGUCCAUGGCCUAUCUCACUGGGAUGCUGUCCAGUUACUACAACACCACAUCUGUGCUGCUGUGCCUGGGCAUCACGGCCCUUGUCUGCCUCUCAGUGACCAUCUUCAGCUUCCAGACCAAGUUUGACUUCACCUCCUGCCAAGGUGUGCUGUUCGUGAUGCUCAUGACCCUGUUCUUCAGCGGACUCCUGCUAGCCAUCCUCCUGCCCUUCCAAUACGUCCCCUGGCUCCACGCCGUCUAUGCCGUGCUAGGAGCGUGCGUGUUUACGUUGUUCCUGGCUCUUGACACUCAGCUGCUCAUGGGGAACCGCCGCCACUCACUGAGUCCCGAGGAGUAUAUUUUUGGCGCCCUCAACAUUUAUUUAGACAUUAUCUAUAUCUUCACCUUCCUCCUGCAGCUUUUUGGCACCAGUCGGGAAUGAGGAGCCCUCCCUAUCCCUGCCUUCCUCCGGAGAAUAUCCCUUCCCUGUCCUGUGACCCUCUCUGUGCUCCUGCAAACCAGACAUAAACGCGCUGCAGCCAGCCCCCACCUUGCCCUCUGCGGCUUGUACAUAUGCCAUCCUUGGGGCCCUACAGACCUGAGGCCACAGCAUCCCCCCGUGGUGCCCCGGCACCCAAUUACAUCUUCCAAAUGGGACAGUCAAGGCAGAGGGCACUUCUGGAUUUGCAGACCCGGGGAAUGAGUAGGAGGAAGCCCCUCAGAGAUGGGAAGGAGACCCCAGAAAACCUGGCUGAGACUGUGACCCCACUGAGUCUUUCGGGGUUUCACUUUCUCUUUCAGGUUGAGCAACCACAAUUUGUAAGGAAAAAGGCUGAGGGAAAUGUCUGGGACAUGGGGACAGGGCACUGCGCUGUCGGGGGCAAAGCUGUCCCAGGCUGUUCCUCUCUCAGCUGUUAGGACCAGGAGCUUGUUCUAGGGUCCUGGACAAUAUGAAAGGAGUGGAAUGCUUCCAUUACUUGCCUCAGUUUACCCUUCUGUGUCAUAGGAUGAGGGGGGUGCCUAAGUGUGGACCUGUCCUGAACUCCCAGGCAGGGGAUGGCAAGAGAGCUGUCUAGGAGGACUGGAGAGGGGCAAUCCAUCACACUGCAUCCACUGGGAGGCAUGUGGGGAUGCAGGACUGACAACCCAUCUUUCUUCCCACCCUGUACUGUUCCCACAGGCCUGAGGGGGAAGUGAGGGGGGAGAGCCUGGUGGAAGCCAUUCUAGUUGCUGGACCAGCCCUUACCAGGGGCUGGCCUCUACUCCAGCCUUCCACACCUAUUUCCUAAGUCUUUCCCAUCUUCUGCUACAUCCUGUCUUAUCUCCAGCCAGGCCUCCUGAGGGCCCUGGAAGUUGAGGCACCCAUGUCCCUUCCCCCAGCCUCCCUGGCCACUCAGCCCAGAGUCCCUGGACCCUUGGCCCUUAUCUCCACAUCUCUGUAAUUUGGAAGCUGCCCAGCUAAUGGUCAUGGCCAGGGCCAGUCCCUUGAGCCUGUCCCAUGUGCUGAGGCCAGAGCUCCUUAUCGGCCUCCAGGAGGCUGGGAUCUCAGGCUGAGUGUGUGCGUCAGCCACCCUGCCCUGGCUGAGUGCCUGCUGGAGGGGGGACCAGGGGGCCACACCUGGGGCAGCAUGCAGCCCACAUAUACACAUGGCCAGCUGUAGGCCCGUGGAAAGUUACCGGGUGGAGGCUAGGAGGCUCUGUGGCUGUAGGGGCUCUGUCUGUCCCCAGGAAAGGGGACCAGGUAGCUUAUCCAUUCCUGCCCUGCCCCUUCCUACUUGCAGCCUUCAAGAACCAGUGCAGAGGCAUUUGGAUAUCUGAGAAGGGAAAUAAGCAAGAACCGGAGGGGCGUGGUCUGUGGGGGCAGUUGGGGUGAGUCUUGGUCCAAAGGAGCCCACUGCUGCAGGCCAGAAAUGGAGUCCUGCGACAGUGAUCAGCAUAGCCCCGUUGCAGAGGCAAUGGCUCAGAAAGGCUUGGUGAUAAGUCCAUUGUCAUUGUCAUCUAGCAAACCUGGGGGUCAGCCCUCAGCUGCUUCAUUCAGGGAUCCCUCCAGUGUGAGUCAGGGCUGGAUUUGAGACUUGUGGAGCCCGGAGAUGUGGGUGGUCAAGCCCUGGCAUCUCUAGGGGUUUGUUAUCCAUCCCCCAUCCCCCAUGUCACCCAGCCUGGCACUCCAAGAUGCUGAACUGAGGUUUUCACUCCCCGGAAGUCAGCUGGGAGGCAGGAUUCCUGGCUUCUGAUCUGGCCUGGCUGCCCACAGACUUAUGUUUUGUCCCCAACUAGUGCCAAUGUGGGGCAGGGAGAGGCACCAAGACACUUCCACUGAUUUCCUCCUCUAGUUCCUCACCUGGAGUGCCUCUCCUAAUCUCUGGCUUCAGUUCUAGAAAGGUUUAAAGCCCCUCCCACACUGACCUGCCACCCUCACACUGGCCAGUUUCCCAGAAUCCACUUGUCCAAGUCCUCCUCUUCUGGGAUAAUGCAGAGACUGAGGAUUGAGAAAUUUUUCCAAGGCGAAGUUCCAAAAAAUUUGGGGGGAGGGGCAAGCCCUCAACCAUAAAUAAUGUGACCCGAGCACCAGUCACAGGGAUCUCAAAGAUGGCUGUGGAGGUGGGGAGGCCUGCCAUCCAGCCCGCCGCUGAACGGGCAGUGGGGCCAGAGAAAGCCUUGGUGUCGACCCUUGAUGGAGCAGUGAAGAGGCCCAGGAACACCUGGGUGGGUCUUGGCAGGAGGAAGGGCAGGAACAAGAAUGCAGGAUUAUGAAGAAUGUGGGAUUAUAAGAAACCGAAGCUGGGCAGGUGCGGAAGGAGGAAGGACUCCCACUGGCCUCACAUUUUUAGCUUGGGUGGGGCCGGACCUAUGGCGGGGUAGGUUGAAUUUCAUAAGGUUAGAGGGAGCCAGGAACCUAUCUGUGAUGAGAGGCACAAAGUCCUCUGAGGUAUGGUGACAGACGAGGAGGUCCCAGGAGGGAGUCACAUUAAAUCCCUCACUCCCCACACCAACUCCUGGGUCCGUGUACAGCUCUUUCGGUAGAGCCCGAGGAAGCCACAAGAUUAAGAAUCUUGGUUCUUCCAUUCCAUACCCUUUCUCCUGUGGGAGUCAGGGUCCCUCAAGCACCCUAUUCCAAAAGGUUGAGAUGGGGUAGCAAGUUGGGAAUUUUCCACAAGAACCUUGCUGCCCCCUUCUGGCUGUUAGAGGAAAAGCAGAGUCUGGCUUUUCAGAGAAAGAAUCCAUCCCUGGUGAUAGCGGCGAGUUUUUCCUCCAAGUGUCAGAGGACAGAGAUCUGUUUGCCACACACCCAGACACUGCUGCCCUUUUGGCCUCAGUCCCCACGGGCUCCCCAGCCCCCCCUCCGUGUACCCUUCUCUGACUUCACCUGCUCAGGACGUGUGACUGAUUGGAAAUGAGAAUAAAAGCAUUUACUAAGACACCUGAA